CAUGGGAACCGGGCCGGCCCGUGCGGGGAGGCGGGGCCGCUAACCGAACCCGGAAGGCCCCUGCUAGGCCAGGCCUUGCGCCGGCGAGAUGCGCGCGGAGGCCGAGCUCGAUGUUUUGCUCCAAGAGGCCACUCGGCGGAGACUGGCGAAGUUUGACGAGCUGAGAGGUAAAGUCACACAAACUGGAGAAUUCUGGGAUGUUGUUGUAAUUACAGCAGCUGACAAAAAACAGGAAUUGGCUUAUCAGCAACAGCUAUCAGAAAAGUUGAAAAGAAAGGAACUCCCUCUUGGAGUUCAUUACCAUGUUUUUGUGGAUCCUCCUGGACCAAAAAUUGGAAAUGGUGGAUCAACUCUUCAUGUCCUUCAGUGCUUGGAAGAAAUGUAUGGUGAUAAAUGGACUUCUCUUACUAUCAUAUUAAUUCAUUCUGGUGGUUAUAGUCAACGUUUACCACAUGCAAGUGCACUGGGAAAAAUUUUCACAGCUUUGCCUUUUGGUGACCCUAUUUACCAGAUGUUGGAGUUGAAGUUGGCAAUGUACAUUGAUUUUCCUACCCAUAUGAAUCCAGGAAUUCUCAUUACUUGUGCAGAUGAUAUUGAACUUUAUAGUAUUGGAGCAACAGACGUCAUUGAGUUUGAUAAACCUGGGUUCACUGCAUUAGCUCACCCUUCAGAUUUGACUAUUGGUACCACUCAUGGAGUAUUUGUGUUAGAUUCAUCUGCUUUAUCAGAAAAAGAGCUUGAAUACAGAUCUUGUCAUCAUUUCCUACAUAAACCUAAUAUUGAAAAGAUGCAUCAGUCUGGUGCAGUAUGCAUAAGGAGGAAUUGCUCUCAACCAAACUCCUCUGGAGAACACUAUGACUUAAAAAUGGACUAUGAGUAUGUGUAUACAGACAGCUUAUUUUACAUUGAUCAUAGCAUUGCAAAACAAUUACUAAUAUUUUUUAAGCAGCUGGAUACUCUUUCCUGUGAAAUAGAUGCAUAUGGUGAUUUUCUCCAGGCUCUGGGACCUGGAGCAACUCAUGAUUACACAAAAAUCACAGAUAAUGUCACAAAAGAAGGAUCACAGUUAGGAGAAAUAAGGCAGAAGCUAUUUUCUCUUCUUAAAGGAACAUCACUUAAUGUUAUAGUCUUAAAUAACUCCAAGUUCUAUCAUAUUGGGACUACACAAGAGUAUUUGUUUCAUUUUACUUCUGAUAGUAAAUUGAAAUUGGAGCUUGGCUUACUAUCUAAAGCUUUUAGCAUCUUUCCAGAUAAAGCAGAAAACUCAGAUAUAUCGGCAUGUAUCAUUCAAAGCAUACUGGAUUCAAGAUGUGUUGUAGCACCUGCCUCUGUUAUUGAAUACUCUAGGCUGGGACCUGAGGUUUCAGUAGGGGCAAACAGCAUUGUCAGUGGUUGUUGCAUAAGUGCUAACAUAGAUGUACCACCAAACUCUUUUGUGAGUUCAUUGAGCAUCAGGGUUAAUGGAAAAGUAAUGUAUGUGAGUAUGGUGCUUGGUGUAGAAGAUAACUUGAAAAAGAAUGUGAAAUUGUUGUCAGACAUACAUUCCCUUCAGUUUUUUGGAAUCAGUUUACUGCAGUGCUUGGACCUCUGGGACCUGAGAGUUUCAGACCAACUCUUCUCUGGUGACAAGACAAGUUUGGGUUUGUGGACUGCUCGGAUUUUCCCUGUUUGUUCUACUUUAAGUGAUUCAGUUAGAGUGUCAUUAAAGAUGUUAAAUGCUGUGCAAAACAAGUCAGCUUUUAAACUGAAUGGCUGGAAGCUCCUGUCUAUUGAAGAAAUGCUCUUCUACAAAGAUGUAGAAGACAUGUUGAAGUUCAGGCAGCAAAUUUACGAAGAAAUCACUCUACAAAGAAACAAAGAGAAAUCUGAUUUGUAAAUGUACAGUAUUUUUACCCUUUUGUCUUUCUUUAAUAUGAAGAUGAUUGAAUGUUUUCAAGCUUGUAAAACCCAGAAGCAAAAAGUACACAUCUUUUCUGAUUUCAUUGAAGUAGAAAUAAUGAAAUUGCAUUAGCAGUGUUAUUGUAGCAUAACAUUAAUAAUGCAAAAAACACAGAUAAACUAUUCUUUUGAUGAAAGAAUUAAUGAAAUAUUUCAAAUCUAUGAAAAAACUAAGAGGUGAAUUUUCUUGGGGUAUCCAUUAUGUGGUGGGGUUUUUUUUUAGUUUUUGUUAAGAAUAUGGAAUGAACAUUAAUUAAGAGUUUGAUUGUACUUUGAAGAAGUUUUAAGUAGUUUUCAAUAUUGGCUCUUGCAACAUAGUGUGGCAUAGCAAUGAGUUACAUUUCCCUCUUUUCAUGGUAUCCUUUUAAAAUGGGUAUUUUAAGAGGCUAAGGUAAUUUUUCAUUAUGCUAAGCAAAACAAAAGAUUUUUUUUAUAUUUGUUUAAACUUUAACUCGUCAUCAUUUUUACACGCAAUGGGAAAUUUUGUGUAUGUGUGCUAUAUAUAUCUUCUUGCAGAAUACCGAAUAAUUUGUGGAAAGACUUUAUCUAAAAAAGCUGUGAUCUGAAAUAUUGUAUCAUAAGUAAAUUGACGUAAAUGCA